AUGCCUAUAAAUGCUGGGCCUGAACUGUUCUCUCAAACGCUCUGUGUAGCUCCUUGGCUUUGUUACGCAGAAUUCAAGAAGAUGGCGAGGGAACAGUCGCAGCUGGAACGCGCCAUAGAGACCGUCAUCAACACCUUCCACCAGUAUUCUGUGCGGUUGGAGCCACGAGACUGCCUGAGCCAGAAAGAAUUCAAACAGCUGGUGCAAAAAGAUCUGCAAAACUUCCUCAAGAAGGAGAAAAGGAAUGACAAGGCCAUAAACCACAUCAUGGAGGACCUGGACACAGACAUGGACAAGCAGCUGUCCUUUGAGGAGUUCAUCGUACUGAUGGCACGACUGACAGAAGCCUCCCACGAGGAGAUGCACAGGAAUGCCCCCCACCCCGAUGAACCAGGCCACGAACAUGGGCCAGGCCUCGGGGAGGGUGGCCAGGGCCAGGGCCACGGCCACAGCCAUGGCCACGGCCAUGGCCACAGCCAUGGGCCAGGUCUUGGAGAGGGUGGCCACGGCCAUGGCCACAGCCACGGCCAUGGCCACGGCCACUAAUCAGGAGGCCAGGCCACCCUGUGCCUGCCCAACCAGAGCCCUGGGAGCUGUUAUGCCAAACUGCCUUGGCUGUGGGGCUGGGGCUGGGGGAAAAUAAAGUC